AUGAAUUUUGUCUCAACUACAAAGAUUCUUCUUCAAGAGAUGCAUGAUGAUCGCUGGGAAAGUUUUAUUUGGUAUGUGGUGCAAUUUUGUAGAAGUAAUGAUGUUGAUAUGUCAGAAUUAACUGAUCGUUAUAUGGAUGGUACAAGACGUUCUUGUCAACAGAAAAAUAAUAUUACAGUGGAGGACUACUAUCACUUUCAGAUAUUCAAUGUUGUAAUAGAUUUUCAGUUGAUGGAGUUGAAUAAUAGAUUUACCGAGAAAACAAUAGAACUUCUUAAGUUAUGCGAGGCUUUAAGUCCUACAAAUGGUUUCAAAUCAUUCUCUAUAGAUGCUAUUUGUGGUUUAGCUGAGGAAUUUUAUCCUUUGGAUUUUAAUAAUGAAGAGAUAAGUGAUUUAAGGAGACAAUUGGAUCACUACAAGUUUGAUGUAAUUCGGCAUUCGCAGUUUCAGAAUCUUAAUUCUCUUCCUCAAUUAUGUCGGAUGUUGGUUGAAACGAAUAGGUCAUGUCAUUAUUUCUUGAUUGAUAGAUUGAUUCGUCUAGUAUUGAUUCUUCCAAUUUCUACAGCAACAAUAGAACGGGCUUUUUCGGGGAUGAAACUCAUCAAAUCAUCACUUCGCAAUAAAAUAGAGAAUGACUUCCUAGCAAACGUCAUGACUAUCUACAUUGAGAGGGAGAUUGCUCUUGGUAUUGAUACAGAAGUACUCAUUAACAAGUUUGAUCUUUUGAAGAAUCGCAGGUUGCGGAUUUAA